AUGACAGAUUCAACGAACAGCAAAGAAAUUAAGGAACAAUUUACAGUGAUACUAAAAUUAUUUGAAACAACAUAUACCAUAGAUCAGUUACAUGAAAAUACUUCAUACAUAUUUAAAGUAUAUGCUCGAACACAAUCAAAACAAAAUGAUGGUUGGAGUACACCAACUUGUAUUUAUGCGUCAACAAGUUAUUGUUGGUUUAAUUCACCUCAAAUAACCGGAAUCAUAUCUCAACAUAAAUGUGAUUUUAAAAAUUUACUCAAAACAAUUGACCCAAGCUUGGAAAAGUUUUGUUCAUUCAAUUCACCAAUAUUACGUCGUCCAGUAGUGUUUAUCAGUAGUAUAAAUAAAAAUGCGACGAAUCAAAAAUUUAAAAAUUUGACUAGGAAUUCAUUACAGUUUCAUUACAAUGAAACAGAUAUAAAUUAUGCAUCAACUGUCUUUACAAUUUUAUGGAGUGAAGUCAUGUCUGGGAUCAAUUCGAUUACGCAUAUAUUAAUUGAAUUACGUUAUUCAUUAAAAACAAUUGUAACACCAUUUUAUCAUCAUUGGUGGUUUAUAAUCCUGUUAGGAUUAUGCGCUGUAUCAAUCAUCUUCAUUUUAUUGAUUACUUUGAAGUGGAAUAUACACAGAAGGCAACAAUUAAAUAAAUCAACAUUUGUUACUGAAAAAUAUGAUUCCAAAGUAUGUUCAUCUAAUGCUUUUAUGAAUGAUUGUUGUUUAACAUUUAAAAUAUAUCAUUCAAACUAUUUGACAAAAACAAUGAACAGUAAUAUUCAACCAAAUGGUGAGAUAUGUGAAUAUCCAAAUAUGAUUAAUUCAACCUUUCAUAACAUUAGAUCACCUGAAACAGUUGAAUUAACAACAGGAAUACACUAUACUGAGAAUUCUAAUGAUGCAUUACAUAAUAAUCAAAAUCCUUUUAAUCUUGUCCUAAAUAAUCAUAAUUGGGAUGUUCUGUGCAAUACUAGUCCAGAAAUUCUUAUUGCUCAAACAGACAGUUCACUUGGUAGUAAAGCUCCAAGUAAUAGAACAGUUAGUACAAGUGAAGUAGGAAGAUUUGAUGAUUUUACUCAAAGUUACAAUAAUUGUGUAACAAGUCAAGGAUUAAUAAACAACUCAAAUCAGUCAUUAUGUAAAUUUACUUGA